AUGACGUUUGCAGUUUCCAAGCGCAGACCUAAGAUCCAAUUUCGAUCUCAGAAAGGUCAGAAACCACGUAACUGUAAGGCCGUGUCCAAUCAAGCAGAAUCAUACACGAUGCAGUCCGCAGGGAGUGGCGAGAUGCCAUCCGCAAGCAGUGUCACGGCCACAUCCGGAAGGAGUGACCCGCUCCGGCGGUUUAACUUCGACAUCAACAUCCAAAUCCUGAGUCACCUAUCGCUCUAUGAUCUUGGUCGGUGCCAGCAGGUCAAUCCAGCCUGGAGAGACUUCAUUCGAGACUGGAUUGCGUGGCGUGGGCUGGAGAAGCAUUUCCCUGGUGAAAGGCAGCGUGUCACGGGGACUGAUGGCGAGUGCCUGGUUGAUACGUUGUUGAAAACGUUCAAUGAAUGCGCAAUCGAUCGUGCCCUAAAAAGAUCCUGGACCAACGGGAGAGCAGCCCGCUACAGCGAGUACCAAGACUACACCCACUUCUAUGCGAACGAACGCUACUUGGCGUGGUAUCAUGACGGGUCAAUCUUCUGGCAACGAACAGGCUACCUGGACGAUGGUGACAAGUCGCCAUGCCCUAUCCACUUCAUACCCGAGGAAUGUACGGCUGAUGACAUUGAGUACCUGGCUGUUUCGCCAUCGGGCGUUCUGGUUAUGGUUGAGAGGUGCAAAGGGGACAAAUAUAGGGAAGAAGUCACGGACCUUGAAAGCGGAUGGACGCUGUGGUCCAAAACGCACGAGUUCCGAACACUGCAUUUCAAACCCACACAGCUCCCAGUAGCCAUAGGCUGGGAACGGCUUUACCGGUAUAGCUCCUCCACGCUGCGAAAAGUGGAAGUCUACAAUCUCCGCACGGGCGCCUAUCGGGCUACAAUCCGCCUACCCAGCAGCUUAGUCCCAGCGCGACCCGGGCUCGACAAAAUGGAAAUGCAAGUCUGCACUAUCCGCGGCCAGGAAAGGCUCGUCUGCUGGGGCGAGAAGAGCCGUGACGCCCAAGGGAAGAACUACCGCGUCUACUUCUUCGACAGCCUAACAGGCGAGCACACACACAAAGUCAAUGCCAGACUAGCCAUGGACCCGGCAAACCUGCACAACACGCCGGCAAAGCUGAUAUUUUCUCCGCAGCGACACGAGACCGAGUUCGCGCUUACCACGCACGACCGGAAUACCGUGUUAAUCAAGAAAUUCGCCCUGGGCUCCGACGGCAUAUUCACAGAAAAGAGCACGGACGUCCUCUACUGCGGCCGUCGACCGCUGGACAGCGCCGGGAUUGCCGUCGACCCCUUCCGCGGCUUCGUUAUCCGUGGUGGAGAUCGCCGCUGGCAUCUGCGUGUUUGCCGUAUCAAGCAGACGCCGCCGAGGAGGGCUGCACACAUCAAUGCGCAUACGAAUCGUGCGGUGAAUUUGCAUAUUGAGCUUGGCCGUCUGAUCAGGAGACCCUCCGUAGUCCCCAAUGGGGAUGGUACUCGCGAUCCGGUGUCAUUUGCGGUUGGGAUUGGGUUGCUGCAGCUGGACAAAAUGGUCAUUACCAGAGACAGGCUUUUUCUCUUUUGCUGUAGUGGUGGCUUGUCUUUGCCUUCGGCGUGCUGUGUGUUUGACUUUGGGUUUCUGAGCCAGCGUGAUCUGGAGAAUAAGGAAGGGGAGCUUGCUUUGACUUUGAUGGACCGGACGAUUUGA